CUUGUACUUCCUUUUCCGUUUGUAUCGCCAAUAGUAAUCAUGGUAGGAAAUAAAUAGUUAAUUUUUAUCCUUAAAAUCUUUAUAGUCCUUUAAAAAUAUAAGAAUGAUAUGCAUUUAAACAUCAUAAUUAAAGGUUAUUUAUCAAAUUUUAUAUCAAAUAUUUUUAAUUUAGUUCCUAGUUCGAAAGUGUAUUAACCCUGUAUCCCAGCUAUCGAAAACAGUUUUUUUGGUUUAUUUUCGACAGGAAAAUGAGAAUUUAGUAAAUAAAUAUUUCAACAAAAAAAACAUCGAACAUGGAUGUUAGACUACCAGUUUUUGAUUUUUACUGUUAAGCAACUCGCGUCAUCUUUGAAUUUCAGUUAUAAUCAUCCAUAAUUGAAUCUUAAUAUACGCUUAAAAAUAAUAUGACUUUCUUUUUCAAGACUAAGUAAGAGUGAAGUCUUUGAUUACCAUUAAAUCGGUAUAUCACUAUCACUAAAUCAUAACACUACAUGACAUAUACUUAAACAUAGUACAUGCCUUUCAAAACUAUAUUACUGCUGUCUUUUAUUAUAAAUUAUUGCAAAUCACACUACUACUACUCAUCUCUAUAGUCUAUAUGAAAUAUUUGGUGCUAGUAAAACUGGUACUUUCUUUGCUUUCAUGCUUUUCCUUUCUUUGCUUUCAACUUUUAGUUUUGUAGUUACUUACUAGGUACUAGCUCACACAAAUUUCAAUACAAAUGGUAAAAAGCGUUUUAUAUUUCAUAGUAAAUAACUUUGCAAAAAUAAACUUAUUUUUAUUAUUGAAAAAAAUUAUGCAACAUCACUACAUCAGUAUCAGGUAUCAUAUUUUUGUCCCCAAACAAAAGAACUAUUUAAUUUUAUGAGAUCAAAAUGCAUUUUGCGGCAGGGCUGGCAAUGUCUUCCACAGUAUAAAGCCUAUAAAUAUAGGCCACAGAGAUUCCUUCAGUUAACUACAGACCAUAUUUAUGUUUUUCAAAAGAAUUAUAAUUUUAGCUCUGUUUUUUUUUUCAUUCGAUAACAUUUUGUCUUGAAAGUUGGGGGAGGGGUCUCCCUACCAAGAAAAUUUCUUAUUCAGUAUUGAAAGUUGGAGGAGGGGGUCUCCAGAGAAUAAUGUUGAAAUAUCGCAUUAAAUAUAAAUGAAUAUCCAGUAUCAUACUGGUGGUCUGUUUUUUUCAACCAAUCAAUGCUUGUAUUAUAAUAGGAUAUUUAUGCAGCCUUUUUUUUUUUUUUGCCUUGCACAUGUUUGGGUGAAUUCCAGGGCUAAUGGUCUGCAUGAAACAGGGAUUUUUAUGGAGUGCUUCAAUUUUUCUAGGGCUAGUAGGGCGCAUGCUCUCUUCCAACUUUGCUUUGUAGGUGGGGGGCUUAAGAUUAUUUUUACAGUGGAGGGGGUUUUUUAGGUGAAGAUUCCAUUCCACAAAAAAUAUUGAUGGCUAGGGUUAAAGCAUAGCGGUUAAUAUGGGUGGGGGGAGGGUGAUUGGAAUUUGUAAUGGAUCAAGAGGAAACAUUUUUAAGAUGGGUUGAGGUUGUAUUAGGCUCAUUAGGGAGAGUAAAGGAUUGUGGUAGGAAAGAGGUAGGAUAUGUUUGGUCGGGAGAGGUUAGGAGACAUGGUAUGGUUUGGGGAAAGGUGUGGGCUAGUUCAGAAAAACCUCCAACAGAGUUUCCCAAACAUUUUUGAGUCACUGCAAAAUAAUGAACAAGGAAGAUUUUUUAAAAAUGUUUAGACUUAGUAAAACCAGAUUCAUUUUUGAAAUAGCAAACAACAAGAAAUACUUCAAUAACCUAUCUUGACUUCACCACAAUAUAACAAAAAAAAAGUUCUAAUGCUAAACCAGCUAUGACACCCCCAGCAAGUUGGCAGUGAAAAUGACAAAAGAAAGGGCAAUAACAAAGUGAGAAAAAAGCAAGGUGUAUUGCUAACUUUAUGGCAUAUUACCAAAAGUGCUUUCCCAGUACAAGCGGACAGAACCACAUAAUUUUAAAAAUCUCAUUGAACAAUAAGUCCAUGUCACAUGCUAAAAUGGUUAUUUUUACAUAAUAAUGUACUAAAUAAUCUAGAGAAACUACAUAAACAACCCCAAAUAUAAAUUACCAGUUAUAGUAAAUUGUUGAUAUAUAGAAUAUAGUAAUCAUUUUUAAAGGCACCUGCAAACAGUUGAUACAGAGUUCUGAUUUUCUUCAAGCUUGCUAGAUGUUGCAUAAUAUUACAUUUUUUAAACACUUUCGGCAUCUCUGUGAGGAAGUUUCCCACAGUGCACAGUUUUGGAACAGCUGUUAUAAUUAAGGCCUUGCAAUAAUUAAUGAUUUUAGGUUCUAUUGACUUAAAACUGUUACUUUAAGUAAUUAAGUUGUCUAUUAUCUUGUUUUUGUACGGUAUAUUAAAUCUUAACACUAUAACCAAAAAAGUACCUUUUCUUAAUCUACAGGCUGAUAUUGCCACUAUUAGAACUCGAAAGUUCAUGACGAACAGGCUGCUCUGCAGAAAACAGAUGGUAAAGUAGCCUAUUAUUAAUCAUUAUUUAAAUUAUUGCAAGGUGAUUUAUAUAAUUUAACCAUAGUUAAAAUAGGUGAUCAGGAGAAUAAGUUAUGCUUUCACUGAAAUUUCAGUGUAUUUAAAGACCAUCCAUCUAGGUAUGACACUGAAAAAGUAUGCAUUUUGUGGGUGGUGGCAUUUCAGUCUUUUGUGUUGGCAUUGAAACUUUGAAAGUGAAUGGAAAUUAAAAGUUGGAGCCUAAUUUUAAAAAAAACAUUAUGUACCGGGUAUUGAACAUUAUUGAAAAAAAUAUUUGCAGGUGGUUGAUGUCCUACAUCCAGGGCGUGCAACUCUUCCCAAGACAGAAGUAAGGGAGAAAUUGGCAAAAAUCUACAAAGUCACAGCAGAUGUUGUCUUCUGCUUUGGUUUCCGUACACACUUUGGUGGUGGUAAAACAACUGGUUUUGCUUUGAUCUAUGAUCAUCUUGACAAGGCUAAAAAGUUUGAACCCAAAUACAGACUAGCUAGGGUAAGUUUUUGUUUUUUUGUCCAUUCAUUAUUAAUCAUUUUAAAUUAUUUUAAAUUUGUGAUGAGCUUGUUAUUGAACAGCUUGUGAAAAUUCUGAAUGAGGUCAGUUUGCUUUUAUCCUCCUUUGACUUUAUCUUUUGGUCCUUGGAAUGCUGGCUAGCAUCACAUUUGGAAUACAUGUGGGUUUGAGAUAAAAUUUGAACCAAACUCGGACCCUGCUAGUACUGAAAUAAACCUAUCGCAAACUUAUGAGAACUGAAACAUGUGAUAUAACUGUGGCACAUUGCUGCUUAUGCUAGAGAUCUCUAUAUUUUAACUAACCCACGAACUGUGGUCGGCCGAUAUUUUCGAACGGCGGCUGAAAAAAUCGCCUGAUUAAAAAACACUGUCAGAUCGAAAUUUCCAAUCCAGUAUUUAACAGGAAUUAUAUCCACUUCCUUUUAUUAGAUCAUCUUUCUUGUCAAGCUGUUCGUUGAUAACUUAGCAAUUAGUACUUUUUAAUCAGUUUUAUAUCGCUGUUUUUUUUUUAAAGCUAAAAUGUAUGAAGCUUUGGUCGGGCCUUAAGUACGAGAACUAAUAGAAAUAUUUUUGGAAGAGUAUUUAAGUGAUACUGAUGAUGAUUUUAACAUUCCUCUCGACAAUCUCAGUUCAGAUUCUUCUUUUUGUGAUUCUGAUACUAGUCCUAAUGAUACUGAAGUAGGCCUGCUGUAAGACUUCGAGCCAGGCCCGGAGGUUGGGCAAGGUCUGACUGAAUUUUAGUCACAGAAGCUACAGAUUAUAGAUCAGAACUAAUAAAUUUUAUAGUGAGACAACUCAAAUCAGUUCCACGUUCCUUUUUAAAUGUUUACUUGUCGAUAACUUUUUACAUUUCUAAACAUAUAUACUUAUUGGGGUCUUGUCUCAAUAUUUCUAUGUCAUUUAAUGCUAUUUCAAAAGCACUCGAAAAGCUCCCACAAUACAGAAUGAUUUAUGCCACAGUUCGUGGGUUAAAACUAGAAAAACCCUGUUGGAAAAAAAUUAUUUAUAAACUAUACCCACUCUCUUUUCUUUUAUAAUUAUUCCGCCAACAUGCUUUCAGGCAUAGGCUUAAUUUGUAUUAAUGCAUGACAAAUGAACACUAUGUAGCUGACUUUUUUUUUUCUUCUGGUGUCCGCAAUUUGUAGUUCUCUUCAGUAGUUACCGAACCCAAGCUUUAGUUGAUACAGUACCCAACUUUCUAAAAGUUGAGUUCGUUCCCAUCUCUAGUAUGGUUAUCACCUUUUUAGGGAAAAGUACCCACAGAACUUAAGUGAAAUUCCUUUAGUGUAAUUUUGUAGGUGCUCUCUUGGGCCUUUCAUUGGAUUAAUCACUGUGUCAGGUUGUUUUGUUUUGUUUUUUUUUGCCUAUUACAAAGAUGUCCUCACAGUACCAGUAACAAUUUUACUUUUUGUAAACUUGUUAUUCUAUUAGUUUAACGUUUUUAAAUUUUUUGGUACAUUCUAUUUUAUAGCACGGUCUUUUAGAGAUUAAAAGAACAGGCCGCAAACAAAGGAAGGAGAGAAAGAACAGACAAAAGAAAGUCCGUGGCACAGCAAAGACGAAAGUUGGUGCAGCUAAAGAUAAAAA